CAAGGAAUGAAGCAGUUGAACUGUCGUCUGAUCACAAUAUCUGAAGUGAAUGAAAAAUUUUUAGAGAUUUAUACUACUACCAUUAGAAGUUUGGAAGACAAUGGUGAUGACACUGAUACGAUAAUGAUAAUAAAUAUAUAAUAAUAACAAAUCAAAACAAAUAAACAGCAUCAUCAGGCAUAUUCGUAUCAGAUAAAAAAAAAUAUUUUCACUUGAAUUAAAAACCUAUUUCGAGAGAGAUUCUUCAAUUGGUAUAAUAUCUUUGGAAAAUCUAAAAUAUGCCUUUGUUUAAGUAUAUCUAUCUGACUAUUUAUAACAAAAACAGGAUAGAUAGCAUUUUUCGUUAGCUUUACCUUGUAUACUUUGUUUCAUUGUAUUGACAACAAAAUGGAGGAGUAACACUACUAUCGUCCUCUGUAUAUAUAUUAACUACACUACUUCAUCGCUCUUACUAGUCACCAUGAGUGUCGGCAGGGUCGCCGAGAGUCAUCACAGAAGUAAAAAGACCAUUCAUCAUAUGAUCUCGUCACUUCGUUACUUCGUUACCUUGUUAUUUCAUCAAUUUGUUACUUCGGAUGUGAGUGGCAGGCGAGGGUGCCAGAUGCUGAUAGUUAGUGAGACGUUGGUGUUGUGACUACAGAUAUAGUAGCUAGGUUAACAGAUAACAAAGUGAUGAAAAAACGAGCUAUCAAGGUGACGAAAUAACAAGCUAAGGUGAUGAGAAAUCGAUGCUGGAAAAUGGACAAUGGUUUUGAUGUUUUUCAUGUGAUGAGGAGCCUUGGAGACUCUGUCGUCAGUCAUUGCAGACACUCAUCGUUCUAGUUGUGACAAUAUCAUCUAGAGCACAACAUUAUAUAUCAGAACCAUGAAAAAGAGUGCACUAACAGAACAAUAGACCAAAGUUACAGACCAGGGAUGAGCGAGCCAGCCAAAAAGUCACACCGCCACCGCCCCGUCCCGUCCCGUUGAUAAAGUUUCGCACCGUCACCGUUCCGCCUAUUCAACAAUAAAACCGUCACCGCCCCGCCCCGCCCCGUCUAAAGUCUGUCCUCAGAAGUCAUUUAUUCAUGAAAUUUUUCAGUAACUUUUCAUAAUUACUAUAAUAUUUCCUGAGAUAAAAAGGCAUAAUUUAAAUACAGGGUGACUUACAUAUAAUGACAUGACAAUAAGAAAUUUAAAUGGCUCUACUUCUGUUCAUGCAAAUGGGCUCAUUUUUUGGUUGGUAAUAGAACUCUCCUCGGUUUUUUUCCGUUUGAAUAAUGUAAGUAAAUCAAACUGUUAAGUAUUUCAGUUGACGUCAACAAAGCAACUUCACUAGUUAUCAAGUAAAAAACCACAUAUGAAAUAUUGUGUAGAUGAUUUUUAGUUAUCAUUUGACAGAAUGACUUGAAAAAAUUCAAACAAAUCUUCUAAACAAUGCUACAUUGAUGUACAUAUAGAAAACUUUCUGGACUAGCUACUUUGAAUACUGGAACUAGUGCUUGAUAACUAAAACGCGUAUCUGAAAGCCUUUAGUUACCCAGUUGGCAAGUUUUCAACAAAAAUCAGUGUUCCACGUCUGAAACUUCGAAACAUUGUAAUUGCUAACUUUCAAAUUGACUGGUUGAGAAAUUUCUCUCAAUGUCAUCCAUAUAGUAUCAUUCAGCAGAUUUAUUUGAAUUUUUUCAAGUCAUUCUGUCAAACGACAACUAAAAGUCAUCUACACAAUAUUUCAUAUGUAUUUUUUUACUUGACAACUAGUAAAGUUGCUUUGUUGACGUCAAUUGAAACACUUAACAGUUGGAUUUAUUUACAUUAUCCGAAUGAAAAAAAUCGAAUCCUUUUGAAUGACCAGAAGUAGAAAUAUUUAAACUUCUUGUCGUUAUGCUAUUAUUUAUAGGCCACCCUGUAUAUAAAGAUUAAAUUUCGAAAUAGAAAAAAAAUAAACAUUUAAGAAAAAUGUUAAAAAAAACUCAAUAUUGUCAAGGGGCGGGGAAACCGCAAGAUCUUGCGACGCACCGUCACCGCCCCGUCAAGUUUCUGCACCGCCCCGCCGGGGGCGGUACGGUGUGAAACCGCGGCUCGCUCAUCUCUGGAGCAGAUAUUAUUCAUUCAGCUAUACUUCGACCAGGUAAGAAAAUGAAAAAUUAUUUGUUUUAUUUAUAAAAUUACGAUUUUUUUUUGUUUUUUAUUUAGGUCGUCUUAAUCAUUUAAUUUAUAUUAAAUUACCUAAUGAUCAAUCUCGUGUGGAUAUAAUUAUGGGUGUAUUAAGACAAUUACCCAGCCGUUUCAGGCCGUUUUAUUGGACCUGGGUAGCAGCAGUAAAUUAUAUUGAUUCAAUUUUGUUAGCAAGUGAAACAACAGGUUUUAGUGGCGCCAUGUUAACAGAAUUUUGUCAACAUGCAUACAAAUUUGCUAAACGAGAAUCAAUUAAAAAAAAACAACGACGUAUUAGACAAACAACAACGGGCAAUGAUAAACCAACUCCUGUACUUGAAAUGCGUCGUAAUCAUUUUACAAAAGCUAGUGAUUUGGCACGACGUUCAGUAAAUGCCAGUGAUAUACCUCAAUAUGAAAUAUUUGCUAAAACAUUACCAAAACAUUUUCAAGGUGUUUCAACAGAAUAA